AUGUCGACAAGUACAAAGCCAAAAUGCUUGAUCGGCGGCGAUGAGUUCGGAAUCUGCGUACAAAGGGAUUCAGAGCAAGGUGGCGACGAGCUAUGUUCCUACUGCAAAGACACACACCCGAUCAUCAUGUAUUGGAACCUCGAGCAGAUCGCCUUGCAACCUCCGGAGUUGCCAUCAAAGUUGAUGCUGGAGUUGAUAGAGGAGAAGUCGCGGGAGAAAAUAUAUCUCAACAUGUACAAAGUCCAGCUCGAACGAGUGCCACCCGGUAAACAUGUGUGUGUCUCCCGGCAGGAACGCUUCAGGGCCGACCACAAAGGCAACGAAUGGGUGGAUACUAUUAAAGAUAUCAGGAGUGACAGGAACGGAGAAAGAUCGCACGAAGAUAAAGACCUGGUGCUUGCUGACUACGUCGUAUGCGAUCCCGUGGACGGCGAAGCGGAACUCUGCGCCAAAUGCCUGUCUAAUCUCCAAGGCCAGAAUCCCGUCAAGCAUAUGUUUUCGGAAGAUGGCAAACACUUGCUUCCAAAGUUCAUUGGCAAAGGCAAGAAGGAGCCUGCGCUGGAGGAUAAAGGUGUUGCCAUGAAGGAGGGGAGAGGGAGGCGAGUCGAAGAAUAA